AUGGCGGCAGAGGGGCAGCUCUUCGUGGAGGGCCAGCCUCCCGAUUUCUCCCUCUUGCAGGAGCUGCUGUGCCCGCCUUGCCUCGAAUCCGAGCCCAACAAACCCGUCCCCAGCCUCCUCCCCGAAGCCCCAGGCAGCCGGGAAUCCAGGUUUGACCCCUUCGUGGGCAUGGCUUGCUGCCUCCAGAUCCCGGAGACCAAAGCCCUGGACUUCCUGCAAGAGGCUGGCCAGAGCCUCUCUCAGUCUGAGCCCAGCAAUAGCAGCAGGAGGCUGUUUUCACGGCAUGUGGGGCGUCCAUGGAACAACAGCCACUGUGCCACUACCUCCCACAUGGAGUGCUGCUUCCCAGAGGCUACCCUCUCCUCUUUUGGCCCUUUGGAUGCCCUUAGCCUCAUCAGCCUCCAUUGCUCCAGCCUUGAAAUUGACUCCACAGGAGAUAAUAACAUGCUGUGGGGGGUGGCAGUGCACGUGGAAGAGCCACAGGCAGGGUGUGAUGUCCCCUCCAGGCCCGAGCCUCCAAGGAGUAGCAUGCGGAGGAUUUCCCGCAAGCAGCCCAAGCCCCAGCGGAGCUGUGAGCCCCUGGAUCCGACUUUUCAAGGCGUUACUUUUCAGAUGCAGCUGCAGCAUUCUCUGAGCAGCAAGGAGGGCUGUAGACUCCACAUUUGUCCCCGAUACAGCAGGUACCAUGGCGUGGAGCAGAGGGGAUCCUCUGUCUGGGGGCACUUUGGGAAACUCAACCCGCCCCCCUUUGGAUGGGGCCCCACCUUAUCACUCCUGGAAAACAACAAUUCAUGCAAGGGGAUGCGAUCCGUCUUCCACCGCCUCUCUUCCUCCCUUCGUUCCUCGUCUGUCCCCCUCUACCCCCACCCUCCCUCGCCCUUCCCCCCCCUGGGCCCGCACUCUCCUGUCAAUGCCGCCCGGCCCCCAGCCCGAGCGAGUAGGCCAUCCCCGGCUCCGAUUGUUCUCUUUGCACGGCUGGCCCCUCCUCCCGGUUGCGCUUGCAGCUCCCCCUUCCUCCCAUCGCCUUGUCGUCUCGCGUUUGUGGCUUUGGCCUCCACCUAUUUGCCGGGCCCCCUGCUCCUGCCCCCCUCCGCCCCUCAUUCUUACUCUAUUCCCCCUUGCUCUUAUCAAGAUCUCCUAGCUGAUUUACUCCGCCGCGUUCCGCCGCCGCUCGUCAUCCCCUCUGCUUAUCGCUUCCCGUCCUUCCUCCUCCCGGGGCCAACCGGGCCCCCCUUUGUGCCCACCGUGGCUGUGUCCGGCUGGGGGCCUCCACCAGUCUCGCCGGCAUCUCAUGUCUAG